UUCUAUCUCUUGGAUAGAAAGACAAAGCACUUACAAUGGCGAUGAGCAUGGAAAAAGCAUUCCAUGACUCCGUGGCCGACUGUUCCGUAUGUCUAGAUCUGAACAGAGAGUAUCUUCGCCGUCAAUGGCGUUCCGUUGGGGGGCUUUUUGCAGCGGAUGCCCCGUACUCUUUGACGCUUAAGCUUUUGGAUGAGAAUUUAUCAUCAACUGGUUGUGAAGGAUGUGCUCUGCUUUCCCAGGCUGCUGGUAGAAUAAAAGAAGAGUAUGGGCUGGGUUUCAGGAACGCUGUUGUCGAGUCUCUGGAGGAUGAGCAACGGCAGGGUCUGUCUUUAACACUGACAAUGCUCCAUCCCGUCCAUACGCAACCGGGAGAUUGGGAGAAAGUACAGGAAAAUCCUGAUUUGAAAGUGGCUAUUCAUACUGGGCCUAGCAAACAGUCCCCAAACAGGGGAUGGGAGUACCGGAUAUCCUCGCCAGUAUAUGAGCUUUUCCUUCCUUUAGCAGGCUCUGAAACUACGCAUGCACAAUCACAUCCUUCGUGGAACAGCAUUCUCCGCAGGCCUCCUCGAUGCGGAGACACAGGAAGCGAAGCGGCUCUCCAGUUCACGCGCUCCGAAUUGGAGCAUUGCCGGAACAACCAUUCGGAAUGCAACUUGGAUGAGUCAGGUUGGGGACUCCCAGCCAGGGUUCUGGACCUGGGAGAGGCCCAGAAUCAAUUGACAUCAGACAUUAAACUGUAUGUUACACGGAAUGAGCCAGAAAAAUACGUCUGUCUCAGUCAUUGUUGGGGCUCUAAUAGGGGGCUAAGACCAUUAGAGACAACCGUUGGAACGCUGCACGAGUUCGAGCAGGGUAUCUCCUAUGAACUGCUCCCGAAGACAUUCCAAGAUGCUGUUGUUUUCACGCGCAAGCUAGGAUACCGGUUCCUCUGGAUUGACUCACUGUGCAUCGUUCAAGAUGACAGCGAGGAUUGGCUGAGGGAAGUGGGAUGCAUGGCCAGUAUAUAUGAGAAUGCAAUCCUGACGCUGGCUGCAGCCUCAUCUCCGGAUAGCAAAGGUGGACUGUUCCGCAAAUCAAAUCCCGGAAUGCUUCUUGGCCAUGGUAAACAGGGAACAAUACAACCUGCACUUCGUCAAUUCUCGAAUCCAGCUUUCUUUGAAUACGGUCGUCGUCAAUCGGUUCGGGAAAAGCCCGGGUCGGACGACACCUCCCCACUGCUUAAGCGCGCCUGGAUCUAUCAAGAACGCAUGCUUUCUAGUCGAGUCUUGUUCUUCACGCCCCUAGAGCUGGUCUUUGAAUGCCGAUUGUCUAAUACUACUGAGUCUGGUUACCAGUGGGUUGACUCUCGACCCAAACAUGCAUUCACCUCAGUUUACAACCCAGACUGCCCCAAAGAUUUGCUUUUAAUGCUUUGGCGCAAACUGGUAAUUGGAUUUACCCCACUCCAACUCACUUUCAACAAGGACAAGCUGUCUGCCAUCGCGGGCAUUGCGACGAGGUUUUUCAAGCGAUUGGACGGAGGGCAAUCUAUGAGCUAUUUUGCGGGCUCCUGGAAAGAGACUUUCAUCGAGGAUAUGCUCUGGGAGCCGUCAUCUCGCAUCGGUAGCAACCCUCCACGGGUCAAUGAGUGUAUUCCAACCUGGUCCUGGGCUCGGAGCGACCGGCCCAAGACCUACAGGAAGGGGGGUAAGAAUCUGACGGCUCUUUGCCGGCUAGAGGAGGCGGUCUGCGUUCCUCUCGCUUUCUCCAACGAUAUUUUUACGGGCGUGAGUUCGGGCUAUGCCGUACUGUCAGGGUACCUACUCCCAGCAAAGAUGACGAGAAUGGGCAUUGUGAUCGACAAGAAUCCGAGAGUGCACCACAUCCCAGAAAGGGACUACGAUUGGAGUACUGAGGGGCCGGGGAAAAUCAGCAAUGGGGAUGAGCUUUUCAUUCUCCCGUUGAUGGCCUCACAGGAAACAGAGCAUGAUGUUCAGACGCAUGCCCUAGUUCUCCGACGUUGUAGCUCCAUCGACAAUGCUUUCGAACGAAUCGGUGUCUUUGGGUUUCCAAUUUCCGUACACCAUCUUCAAAGUCAUCAUUACAUCUUUGAGGGAGCAUAUUUAUGCCUGGAGGUGUAUAGAAAGCUAGUUUCGUAUGGAAAGUCAUUACUGGGACAGGAUGGUCUGUAUAGCACUCCAGGAGAGAAAGAAUCAGCGAACCCCCGUUGGCUUGCACCCGAAGCAGAGAAUUUGCAAAGCGAUUUCUUUAUGCAGGCUCGAUACCAUUAUCUGUGUCUGUAUGGGCCCAAAUCGGAGGUGAAUGUAAAAGACUUCCUCGGCCAGAUGCACUUUGACGUGCUGGAGGCUGCAAUGAGCGCUGAGCGGGAUAGAGUCGAGGAAUGGCGGCACCGAAAUGAACGAGGCGAGGAACAGGCAUACAAAAGGACUUUGAUAAAGAUAGUGUAAAAUACUUCGUGUCAAUAUCAGCUCUAGAUCGAGGACUCCCAAGAAUGAGCACCUUCAUCAUGCGUCAACCAAUAAAAAGGG